AUGGGGAUUCAAGGCCAUUUUCUCUUCUUUGGCUUUAUGCUCCUCACUUACUCACUGAGUAGUAGUAGUGAGGCUCAUCCUGCUAGGACUUAUGCUAGGGUUUCUGUAGACACUAGUACUGCACCUUUAACACCUACUUAUGGCAUUGCUACGCUUAAUCGUUCCAGUUUUCCGGAGGGCUUUGUCUUUGGGGCAGCUUCAGCUGCUUAUCAGGUUGAAGGUGGAUGGAAUGAAGAUGGUGGAAAGUUAAGCGGAGGUGUGAAUGAGGAAGGAAUUGAGUAUUACAACAACCUUAUAAAUGAGACCCUAUUCAAAGGUCUAAAGCCCUUUGUGACUCUUUACCAUUUUGAUGUCCCCCAAGCCCUAGAAGAUGAGUGUGGUGGUUUCCUAAGUCCGAAGAUUGUCAUAAAUGCGUACGAUAGUGGUGAUUUUGCACCAGGUCGAUGUUCCUCUUGGAUAAGCCCAAAUUGCACCGGUGGGAACUCAAGCACCGAACCAUAUACUGUUGCACACCACCAACUUAUUGCGCACGCAGCAGCUGUGAAAUUGUAUAAGGAUAAAUACCAGAAAUUGCAAAAUGGUAAUAUUGGAAUUACGCUAGCGACUUUUUGGUACGUGCCAUUCUCCAAUUCGACAGAUGAUUACCGUGCUGCAAGGCGGUCUUUGGACUUUUAUCUUGGAUGGGAUGGUGUUAAUGUGAUGGCAUACUUUGCAUGGGCAAUAAUGGACAAUUUGAAUGGAGCUCCGGUUACACUGUCCGUUUUGGAUUAA